GGCUGUUUCUGUACAGGCACUUGUGUGGACAGCUGCAGCAGCGGGUCCAGGUCCUGGAGGUGACAUUCAGCUGGGGAACAGUUAGCAUCGACAAACGCAUCAACAUGGCACAGGCAGUGCAAAAAAUGGUCGCUAAAGUACCUACCCUGGUCGGCGCCGCUAUCACCUACUCCAAACCUCGGCUAGCGACCUUCUGGUACUAUGCCCGCGUUGAACUUGUCCCCCCCAGCCCUGCCGAGAUCCCCAAGGCCAUCGAGGGGGCCAAAAAUCUCAUCAAGGCUGUCCAGUCAGGACGUCUCGGUCAAACCACAGUGAAGGAUGCUUUUAGGAAUGGACUGGUGGCCACAGAAGUGUUGAUGUGGUUCUACAUUGGAGAGUGCAUCGGCAAAGGGGGCCUCAUUGGCUAUGAUGUCUGAAUUUUGGACUGUCAUGCUUUUCUUUCUUCAUGGACGUUGUAUGCUCAACUCUCUGCAAGACUCCUGGGAACCAAUAAAUAGAUGUGUAUUGUUUAACACUUGA